ACGUUUCUCCUCUCCAAAAUGGCAUCACCGACACCAAUAUAUAAGGUGACACACUCUCGAAGAUUGCUUUUUGUGGGCAAUACCCACAAACAAAAUCAAUUUUUUUGCUUCAAUUGGGUUGAAUCAUGAUGGCGCUUCAAUUUAAACUCGAACAAUACCCACCCAUUUGUGGUGGCGGCGGCUUCUCUUAUUACCCGUUUGCAAUUCCACCAACUGGAAGACAAAGGAACCAAUCUUUGCAAGUACAAGCUCUUCCUUCCAGAACCCAGAGGAUAAUGGAGAGCAUUUCAGUGAGUGGGGAAGUUGGCGGUGCUGGUGGGUCAUACUCAUAUGAUGCUUUGAAGAGGUUGGACCAACUGUGGUCUGGUAUAUGCUCUGCUCAAACAGAUUUGCUAGAACCCCAGAAAGUAGUUUCGAGUGUUCCUGGUUUGUUUAGCCAAUCUGAUGUGGCUGGUAAAGCAGUAGAAACAUUUGAUGUGAUAGUUUGUGGAGGUACUUUGGGCAUCUUCAUAGCCACAGCAUUGAGUUGCAAAGGUCUACGUGUUGGCAUUGUGGAAAGGGGUCUACUAAAAGGGAGGGAGCAAGAAUGGAACAUAUCAAGGAAAGAGCUACUGGAACUGGUAGAAGUUGGCAUUAUAACAGAAGAUGAUAUUGAACAAGCUAUUGCUUCAAUAUUUAAUCCUAACAGAUGUGGAUUUGAGGGCAAGGGUGAGAUUUGGGUUGAAGACAUUCUUAAUCUUGGCAUUUCGCCUGCAAAGCUUAUAGAGGUUAUGAAAAAACGUUUUGAUUCCCUUGGUGGAAUCAUCUUUGAGGGUGACAGUGUAUCUGGGAUAAGCAUAUACGAGGAUGCAGCAGUCUUGCAACUAGCAAAAGGGAAGAUUUUGUCAUCACAUCUCUUAAUUGAUGCUAUGGGUAACUUUUCCCCAGUGGUAAAACAGAUAAGAUGUGGAAAGAAGCCAGAUGGUGUUUGCCUUGUUGUUGGGUCUUGUUGUCGUGGUUUCAAAGAUAACUCUACAAGUGAUGUCAUAUUCAGUAGUUCAGCUGUGAAGGAAGUUGGAGAAUCAGAAGCACACUACUUUUGGGAGGCAUUUCCUGCUGGUUCAGGCCCCAUGGAUCGAACUUCUUAUAUGUUCACCUAUGUCGAUCCGCAUCCAGGAUGCCCAAAAUUGGAAGAAUUACUUGAAGACUAUUGGGAUCUGAUGCCUAAUUAUCAGGGAGUCUCUCUUGACAAUCUGGAGAUUUUGAGAGUUAUAUAUGGCAUCUUUCCUACGUAUCGGGGCAGUCCAUUGCCAGCGGCUUUUGAUCGAGUUUUACAGUUUGGCGAUGCAAGUGGCAUACAGUCACCAGUUUCCUUCGGUGGUUUUGGGAGCUUAACUAGGCACCUGGGGAGAUUAUCAGCUGGUAUAUAUGAAGCAAUAAAUGGUGAUCUACUGGACUCCAACAACUUGUCUCUCCUGAAUCCAUACAUGCCCAACUUAAGUGCAUCGUGGUUGUUUCAAAGAGCAAUGUCAGCAAAGAAAAAGUCUAAUGUUUCCCCCGAUUUCAUCAAUGAACUUCUUUAUGUCAAUUUUCAAAGUAUGCAGAGGUUAGGAGAUCCAGUUCUAAGGCCAUUUCUUCAGGAUGUUAUACAGUUCGGCCCUCUGGUGAAGACAUUGGGCCUAGUGAUGAUAACUAAACCUCUAAUUAUCCCCUCAAUAUUCAAGCAGGUCGGUGUUCUGGUACUCCUUGACUGGUCUGGACACUUCUUCAUGUUGGGUUACUAUACAUUUCUUUCCACCUUUGUUGAUCCUGUUAUUAGGCCGUUGUUAAAUGCAUUUCCAGCCAAAAUGAAGUACAAAUGGAGGCGGCAACUCGAGGCCUGGCAGUAUGGAUCCGGUUUAGACUACAAAAUGAGCAACCCUAACACAACUAAGGCUGAGAGAGGAAUGAGCACUGGUGGUGAGGCUUGGGCAGAGAGCAAGAGUCUUCCAUGACCCUUGCCAGAUCAAAGAAGGGUGGUAGUUAAUUUUUGUCUUUCGUUGUCACACAUUUCUCACCAUUUGAGAGGUGAUAUCCAAGACAACCUGGUUAUCAGGACUUGUCCAUUCCAGUUCUUAAUCAGCACUAAAUUAAAAGCUUUACCAUUGUAAUAUCUGACCUCAAACCAUACGGUUACAAACUUUUACCUGUAAAUAUUAUGAAAAUGCAAAAUUUAACCAAUGUUUC